AUGUCCGCAGUAAAUCUCCCCGCCCUACCCCAGUCAAUCCUGAAGAAACUCUUCAAUAAACCUAGCACCUACUACCUAAACCCCCUAAUCCAACCCUCCUCUCCCCAAAAACCAAAAAAAGAAAAAACAGCCAUGACCCAAACCCACAAACGCACCCUCCUCCUCACCCUCGACGCCUUCGAAACCCUCUUCCACCCACGCCCCUCCGUGCCGGAACAAUACGCGUCCGCCGCGCACCACUUCGGGCUCCCCAAAACAGCAAUUACGGCCGAGCGCGUCCUCUCCGCCUUCAAACCCGUGUUCAAAGCGCAGUCGCAAGCGCGCCCGAACUACGGUCGCGACGACGUCAUUCGCGGCUGCUACGGCGGACCCCGGCAAUGGUGGGGGGAGAUUAUCCGGGGGACUUUUUCGCGGGUUUUGGCUGAACACUAUCAUUAUAAUAACAUUACUACUGAUAGUGAUAAUAACAACAGCAACAGUCGGAGUCAAGUAGAUCUUCCCGACGGACUGGUCGGGUAUUUACUUGAUCGGUUUGCCAGUAAAGAGGGCUAUGCGCUGUAUGAUGAUGUGGGGCCGUUUUUCUCUCAUAUUCGGGCCGUGAAGGAGAACGAAGGCAGACUGGGCCCGUUUGAGCGGGUGGUGGUCGGCGUGGUUUCGAACUCGGAUGAUCGGGUUCCGGCGGUGUUGAAGUCGUUAGGGCUGCGGGUUGGGGACUGUAGGGCUGAUGAGGGGGUGGAUAGCAUGCGAUUGUCGGGGUUUGAAGAGAGGUCUUCUUCUGAAAUGACCGAAGGUUCCGGUGUGAAUGACGGUGUCAGCGAUAUCGAUCUGGUUAUUACGAGUUACGAGGCUGGAGUGGAGAAGCCGAGUCCUCGAAUCUUUGAGGUGGCGAGGAGGCAGGCGAAGGCUUUGACUCGGGUUGAAGAUCUUGGUGGCUGGACUUGUGUUCAUGUCGGGGAUGACGUUGACAAGGAUUAUAGGGCUGCUGUUGGGGCUGGUUGGGAUGGGUAUUUCCUGGCUCGUGGCGACGAGGCGAGGAGUGCUGAUGCCGAUAAUGUCAUUCGGUCGCUUGUGGAUUUGAUCCCUAUGCUCGAGGCUUAUCGUUGA